AUGCUGGGGGAAGGGAGACCCGUGUCCCUUUUGUCAGGCGACCCCAUAUUCAAACCCAUCCACCAACGCCCAGUCAAAUUAACGCUAGAUUUACCGGCAUUUACCGCUCCACGAACUCUCUCCACAUGUAAGCGUCGAAAACGCGUUUCUCCACAAAUUUUCGUUCGUGAUGUCAUCAAGAAUGCCGACGUAUCUGACGUGUUCCGCCAAUCCACCUGUGAUGAAGUAACCGCAAAAAAUAAGAAUGCCAUACAUAGAGUCAUCAAAAAGGUUCUUGGAGCCCCUAGUGUUUAUUUUGAUAAAACUGAAUUGAGCAUUAUCUUACAUAUGUAUCUUCAAUUAACGGGCCUAAAAAUGCGUGAAAUUUCAAAUGAGGAGAUGAAGGGCUUCUUGUACAGUACUCUGGGAAUUACCAACUUAUUUUCGUUAGAUGGUAUAUGUAGAGCAUCAACAAAAAUGAACAAUGGCCCACUAUCAACGACCAAACGAUACAUUUCUCCUUCCGCUUUCGUCCGUACACUUUCUAUCAUGCUAAGAGGAACAAUAGACGAUAGAGCGGAAUUGGCCUUUUAUGCGAUGGACAUAGAUUCGGAUGGAUUUUUGAGAAAGACAGUGGAGAUAAGACGGCUAUUGCAGGAUUCUUUUGAUACAUCAAUCUCUGCCCAGAAUGCGGAGAUUGAUCCCGACGAACCGGCAAGGGAUACAGCUAACUUUUUAUGUGAAAAAUUGAACUGCACCAUCACCUCACAUGUGUCGGUGCAGGAAUUCCGGGAGAAGUGUCAACGACAUCCCUGGAUUGUGGAAUGUCUCCUCCCGUGCAUACCCGCGGAGAGAGUGAACUACAUUUUUCAAAGUCUAUUCACAACCGGUGUCAACAUUCCGUCAAUUGAGAGUGCGGUCGAGCCUACACGACCGACGAUAAAGUGCGUUUCCGGCAGGAAGAGUACAUACUCAGUAAUAAAAUGA